AUGAUUUGGCGUGACGGUAUUAUUCCUUAUGAAAUGGAUUCCGUUCCAAAAGAAAUUAAAUUAUUCGAAGAAGUAUUCGAACAUUAUCGUCGUAAUACGUGCAUACGAUUCAAGAAGCGAAAAGCCGAGAAUGAUUUUCUUUAUAUAACGAAAGGCACCGGUUGCUAUUCGCAAGUAGGAAAAGCAGGUGGCAAACAAGAAUUAUCAUUAGGUCGUGGCUGUUUAUUUUAUGAAAUUAUUACGCAUGAAUUAAUGCAUGCAAUUGGAUUUUGGCAUGAACAUAGUCGAACAGAUCGUGAUGAUUAUAUUCGAAUACUUUGGGAGAAUAUUUUGCCAGGAAUGGAACCACAAUUUGAUCAGAUUUCUGCAGCCGUUCAAGAUCUUUUAGGUGAAAAAUACGAUUACAGGUCGAUUAUGCAUUACGAUUCAACCGCAUUUAGUAAAAAUGGUAUGAAUACGGUGGAAACGAUUGAAAAUGGUUUUACUGAAAUUAUUGGUUCAGCAUUGGAAUUAAGUGAAUUAGAUAUUAAAAAGAUCAACAAACUAUAUAAGUGUGAAAAUAAUAAUUCAAAUUCGAAUGAAGGACCAGCAACAUCAAGCCUGGAAUCCAGUUCAGAUCCACCGGGUAUAAAUUUCUCAAAUUUCAAUGAAUCUGCAAACUCAAAUCGUUUCCUAUUUUUCCCACUAUUAAAAUUUUUUUCAGAAUGUUUCGAUCAUUUCAGCGAUUGCAAACAAUUUCAAGAAAAUUGCAAUCGACCUGCAUUCUUUUUCGUUAUGAAAACUUAUUGCCAGCUAACAUGUGGUCACUGCUAA